AAAGUAUAAAGACUUGUUGAACUCCUCCAGAUAUCAGGACUAUGCAGACUCUCCCGGGUCUUAUCAUAGUUCUCGUCUUACAGACACAUGCUAAACCACAGGAUAAAGGAAAUUUAAGCGUUAAAGAUGUUGAAGAGUUGGUGAAACAAAAAGAUGCAGGAACCCAGGCAGGAGCUGACGUGGAUGUUGUACCUUUUCAAGAAAAAUUAAAGGUUAUUGGUAUGGACAAGAUUGAGAAGAUGGAUAAAGUCAAAGCUGUUCAUGAUAUCCUGGACCUAGAGGAGAUAGAGGAGAUGAUUCCUAUUGAUGAAGAUCUAGCACUAAAGAUGAAGAAGGAGAUUGGGGGAGGGGCAGCAGGCGGAGAAGGCGGAGAAGGAGAAGAAGGAGGAGAAGGUGGAGAAGGUGGAGAAGGAGGAGGAGAAGGAGCCAACCUUAAAUUCCGAGCAGAUGAAGAAGAAGAAGAAGAAAGCACUCCAACGGAUUCUUCUUCUUCUAAAUCCAGCUCCAGCUAUACUUCUAGCUCUAGCUCUGGUAGUGGAUUAGGUUCAGGAUCAGGUUCAGGUUUAGGAGCCGGGGCAGGGGCGGGAGCAGGGGCAGGAGGAGAAGGAUCUUCUGGCUCCAGUUAUUCCUCAUCUUCAAGUUAUAAAUCAUCAGGAUCAGCCAAUGGAGAUUCUGAUGAGGUGCUGAGGGUUAAAAUCCAACGACUCUAUGAUUUGUUUCAAAUAAAUGACAUUGAUGACAUCAUAAACGUUAUUCCAAUUGAAUCCAUUGAGAAAGUAGGUGAUGGCGAAGCAAGUAGCAUCACAAAGAAAUCAACUAAAUAUACCUCUAAGACAACGGAAAACGGAUCCGGGACCGGGGCCGGGACAGGGGCUGGAGCCGGGACAGGGACUGGGGCCGGGACCGCCUCCGGAUAUGAAAUUAAAAGUCCGGAUUCAUCCAAAGGCGACACAUAUGCAAAAGCUGAGGAAGAGAUAAUUAAGAAAACAGAAACUCUUGGAGGAGGAGGAGGAGGCGGAGGAGGAGGAGGAGCUGAUGCAGGAUAUGCCAAACCUGAUGGGCUUGGUGGGCUUGAAAUGCGAUCAGACCUGGUUGAAGAAGAAGGGAAGGAACCUUCAAGUUUAGGAGCAGGAUAUGCUGGCCAAACCUCAGAAACUUCUAGUUUAAACAUUGAUGAUGCCACAAAGGGUUUAGAUGGGUUAACAUCUGAUCUUGAGCAAGACAAAGAACUACAAUAUGUAAACAGAGAGAUAGAGCGGGUGGAUAGUGAUAUGGAUCGAAAAAUAAAAGAACUGAAUCAGCUGAAGAUUGAUUUAGGGAAGGAAAAGGAGUUCGAAGAAGCCUUGAAUAAAAUGUUGGAGCAAGCAAAAGAUAAAAUUAAAGGAAUUGAACAAGUAAAGCAGGAGCACAGGACCAAAGCCGAAAGUAUAGCCUUGAAAAUCCGCGAAUUAAAGACUGUUAUAGAGAAAGACAGCAAAGACAAGCUUGGAUACGUUGAUGACCUAGAGAAAAUUGCCGCUAAAGCCAAAGAGUCUGGACAAUUUAGGAUGGACACUUUGGGACCAUCAGACCAAGAACCCAGCGACUCUAAGGUUACCUCCAAUAGACGUUCUUAUUCAUCCAGUAGUAGCUCUGGAGGAGAUGGUCUUGGAGGAGAUGGCACAAAGGUUAGCAGCAGCAAAAGUUCAUAUUCCUCCAGUAGCAGCUCUGGAGGAGAUGGUUUAGGAGGACUAGAGGGACUUGAUCUCCUCGGUCUUGGUGGAAAUUCUGCUCUGGAGGGAGAAGUAGACGGUAGUGAACAGAGUAAUAAAAUCAAGACCAUGGAUAAUAUUGAGAGCUUAUCUGCAGUGGGAAGCAUUUCUCCGGUGCUGAAGAUAAAGAGUGCCGCCAAAAUCAAGAGCAUUACGGCUUUAACAGAAGAACAGGCUGCACAGCUGAAAGCCUGGCAAAAGGAGAGAACUAGUGCUUAACAAGAAGACAACGAUAAACCUCGGGAAACAAAAACUAAAUAUUUCCCAAAUCAAAUUCUAAAUAUUUAUGGUUUGUUCUUUCACUUUUAAUUAUGACAUUUUUCAUAUUUCUUACAAUGUCCCCCUCCCCCAACCACUGUGCCCCUAUUCUCAUUACAUAUCUCAUGAUUUUAUUUGAAUUUUAGAAGUUUUUUUUAUUUUCCAAAUAUUUGCAACAAAAUAUUGGACAAAAUCUUUUUAGAUUUACAAAUAUUUAAACUUUAGAUUUGCCUUUUCAUUGUUGAAAACUGUAAGUAAGAUUGCCCCCCCCCCCCUAAACGAAAAAUGUAAAUUUAACUCUAGGUUUAAGGAAGUUGACCCUGUCAGAAGUAAAUAUCUGCUGAAUACUGGAAAAUACAUUCUUUGAAGUUAAGAAGAAUAAGAUCUGUAUAAAGACCAGGGUCGUAUACAGGAAUUUUUACCAAGAAGGGGGGCGUAACCCCCCAUAGCCCCUUCUUCCUGUAUGCGCCCCUGAUAACGACAAGACUUUGAUAUAUAUGUGUGGAUUUAACUUGUGAUUAAAUUAAAUACUCUAUAGAAUUAUAGAAUAGUUGAAGACUGAAGACUACUGAUUUAAAGACAAUAAAAUAUAACUUUCAGAAACUA